AACCUAAAUACCAAAUCUGAAAUUCAGAUUCAGAACACAAAUACUUGCCUUUCCUCGCGCUCCCGUCUGGCCAUCGUUGACGACCAAAUACUGGUUUGGAAAAAACUCUUCUUUUCUCAAGGCAGAGAGAAUGGGAUUUGCAGGAGCCCUAAGGAACAUUGUUCGCCCUCUCUCAGUUGCAUCAUCAAGAGCUUUAAUGCCUCGAAUCUCCACCAAUGCUUCGAUGGCACCAUUUUGUCCUGCUUUUCCAUCUCCCUGCAAACCUCCUCAAUGGCUUCAUCCCCUUUGGAAUCAAUUCCACAGCUUGACAGACACUCGCUUCCCCAAGAGACGACCCUCUGAAAAACCUCGUCGAAAGAGAGCCAGCUUGAGACCCUCUGGGCCUUAUGCUUGGGUUCAAUAUACACCGGGCCAACCCAUACUUCCAAAUAAGCCUAAUGAAGGGAGUGUCAAAAGGAGAAAUGAGAAGAAACGCAUGAGGCAACGCCGUGCCUUUAUAUUGGCUGAAAAGAAGAAAAGGAAGGCUCAGCUGCAAGAGGCUAAUCGGAAGAAAAAUAUUCAGAGGGUAGAACGUAAAAUGGCUGCAGUUGCAAGGGAAAGAGAGUGGGCAGAAAGACUGGCUGAGUUGCAGCGACUUGAGGAAGAGAAGAAAAAAUCUAUGGCUUGAAUUUGUGAACUUUCUAAACACUGUUGCUUUAUUUUAAAAAUGUUCUAUGGUUUCUGUUAUUUGGGAGACUGAUAGGAAUAUUAUCACGGGGUCCAAGCCCAAAUCGAAAUGGAAUGAGCCCUCACUUGUGUAUUCUCGUAAGUCCAAAGGGAAUAGAGGUGUGGGAGUGUGACUAAGGAUAAAGAGGGGAAUUAGUAGUAUCAGUUAGUUAGUGCUGUAUGUGUGAGCACUGUUAUAACAGAAUCUGGUUGUAUUAUGGGUAGGCAUCAUUGAGAUCAGUAUAGAAUUUGGAGUUGAGGGAAUUAUCCUCUUGCUUGGGGAAGCUUGCUUCCUGGACUCA